UUCUUAGGUGGUAGUGGAGGUGGAAGCCAGUUCAGUAGCACAGCCGUACAAGAUGGAGGGGGAACUUAGAAACGAAAGGGUUGAGGAGAGGAGGGAAGGACAGAUCAAUACUGUUAGUGCCGCCGGCCCCCUCGAGGUGGGCAGGGAGAACACGGUGAUCUGUGAAGGACCUUUAAAGCCCCAGUUCUCUCCCAGUGAUUCAGUCCUGACAGACAGUGGAGUGUCUGAGAUGACUAAUACGGAGUCCGAUUAUUCAGACUCACUAGAGCAGGAUGACGAGGACGCCAAGACGCCCCUGGAGGAUGAUGAGGCUGAGGAGAGACGCCCGUCACUGAGUCCAUCCUCGAAGACCAAGAGCGAAGGGGUCGAAUUCGAGGACUCUGGUGACGCCUCGUGGUUUGACCAGGACGGUAGCGACUUCUUCAUUGAUGCCAACCUGACGCACGACAAUGGGAUCGUGGAGUUUGACCCGAACAGCGAAGACUUCACCAACUGGGACAGCGUGAAGUCUUUCUUCGAGGGUCUGAUCGAGAGGCAGAACACCGAGCUGGACAGGAUCUCCAGCUUCGACUACGAGCCCGAAACCCACGACUCGUACACCCCCUGCCGUAGCUUGUCCGCUGACGAGGCGGAGAUGAAACCAAAGGCUGGCUUUAGACUAUUUGAUAGCGACGACGAUCGCCUUCUUGACACCAUAGAGCCUUUCCCCAGCGGACAGCUGUUUGAUAUGCACGGCGCGGCGUCCCUCUCUACACCCAAGGUGAUCCAGUACAACUUUGAGAUGCAUGAUGAGUCAUGGGGAUAUUCUAGUCACGAGCCGUACUUCGAUGCGGUGACCGGCCAACGCAUUCUCUCCACCAUAUACGAGUUUGAGGUGUCUUCAGACGAAGACACGGAGUCAGUGAAGGUGGUGGACGCCAGCUGGCACGAGCUGGAACCCGCCGGUAGUGAGAGGCGGGACGCAGCGAUCAUUGGUGAUGAAGGACAGGAGGGGGAGGAGGGAAAGGAAGAGGAUGCUGACGAAAACAUUUGUGGAAAAGAAACGAAACAAAACGAGGAGGCAAAGAUGUGGCGCGGGAAUGCUGGAGGCGGCCACAGUUCCUCAGCAGCCAACACUCUGAGCGGUGCCGGCGGAACACCCGAGGCCAUAACAUUAACCGCCGCCCACAACACUACCUCGGUCCUGUCAGUGAAAAAAGACGGACGUGAGGAGGCCAGUGAGGGUGUCGUAGAGAUAGAAGGAAUAUGUGUUAAUAACUUGAUUAAAGAAAGUGAAAGCAAUACUCAGGCACCACGGACGAUGACUGGCAGAUGUGAGGACUUACUGCUCGUGCAGUCUGAAAACCCAAAUGGCUCUGGUGAAGGAGAGAAUGAAAGCCACGAUCAGGAAUAUGAAAAUCUAGUCACUCUGGACAACACGGCAGGAAUUCGUCCCGAGCAAGUGGUGGGCACCCUGAGCUCCACCAUAACGGGACACGCGCACAGUGGCCUUGAAGUUUUAUGUCCCACAAGUGAUGCUGAGGCAGGCGCAGGAGGCGGGGAUGAGGGAGGGAAAGGUGUUGAUGAAUAUGGAGGAACAGGUGGUUGUGGUGGUAGUGGUGACAAGGACAAUUCAUCAUCAGUAAGGAAGCACGAAACCUUGACUAAUAUUGCCUCGGAAGACGCUGUUUCACCUCAGCUAGAACCAGUGUUCCGUGACUGCGCAGCUACAGCCCAUCAGCACCCUAAGAUCAUACCUGACUCACCCCCAGCAGCAGAACCAUUGGAAGCUGACGGUGAGACGCAGGGACACUUGGCUCCUCCAUCACCGGGACAGAUAUACAAUAGUGAAUGUGUAGGUCAGAAGGCGUCUCUAAGCGAGACCAGUAAGGACAGAAAGGACACCAUUAUCUUUCAAACCACAAGGGCCACUACCGUCAUUAGCAGUCUGGAUGAUGUUGCCUGGGGCACCAGCCGCUCUGUAGUCAGCCCCGAGCACCACUCCUUAGCUAGUGUCCCUGUUCAGCACGCCUCCAGCAUGCAGGAGGAGGACGCGUCGCACACCGAGAAUAAUGAUAAAAGUGGCGAUGAAGCAACACUCACCCGAUACCCUUUCACUUGCCUUUCUCCUGCUGACGCUGCGAAAGACAUGAAGGAGGACGAGGCGCGACCUACAGGGCUUGCUGAUGAACCCGACACCUUCAAGCCGCCGCUGAAUGCCCCCAGCAGCGAGUUCUGCGUCACGAAACAUCCAUUACAUACUGAAAGAGAUCAAAGCGACGAACAGGAAAGCACUGAUGUAGUAGAGAAAGGCAAGGACGCUGAUGUCACUUCUGUAACAAGGAAGAGAAAACCAGAGCCACCCCCGAGGCCGCACAGAAGGACUCACAGCCUCACCACCUCAGAGUCUCCCCUCUCUCCUGACUCUCCUCCAGUGCAACUUACUCGAGAAUCUGAUGGCGGAGGCGGCAGUGAUAUGGGUGCUCCAGGAGACUGCAUGGGCAUGUCAGGAGGUGUGGAUGGGUGGGGUGUGUCCGGAAGCUCUCAGGGUCACCCACACAUGCACACCCCUGACGGCAGCGGAAGAGAGGAGGAGGCGACGCUACUAGAGAACUGCACUUCAGCUCCUGAUGUGAUUAGUCAGACGGAGGAAAAAGAGAAGAAGGAAAAUGAGAAGCAAGAAAAGAAAAGGGAAAAAGGAAGUGUACCAAACACUCUGACACUUAUAGCCAUUAUUCCUUUACAACAACAACAACAACAAGUCGCCACCAUCACGACCAUUACCGGUAUAGAGGCAGAGACAAGCCCACUUCCAAGGGCCAAGGUACCCAGCGAGGGUCUAGGCGAGGACACUCACGCUCACCGCCAGAAAAAACCCGCUCAUACUCAGCCUCUUGACCUCUCGGCACUCACUGCAAGCGACUCACGAUCCGCCACCACCACCACCAUUACCACCUCCACCACCACCGCCACCACUACCACCGCCCCCUCGCCACUGAAGCCUAUACAGUCAUCUCGCACCGAAAUGAUGAAGCUAGGAAAUGGUCAUGUCAACGUUUUGAAAUAUGAAAGUAGUGAGAGUGACAGCCCCAAGCCGCCCCCCGCCAGACCCGCACGACGCAAACAAACAAACACAGCCAGAUCCAGAAAGGCCAUGGACAGCGAGAGAGAAGAGGAAGCAAAGCAGAAUAAGGACAGUGUUAGACCAGAAGUGGGUACUCCAAAUUGUGACCAAAAGCAGAUCAGCGACAGCAGAUCUGGCAGCGAGCAGACAGCAGAAAGGAGAGAGGGCAGCGACAGCAGGCUAGAAAGACUAGACGCAGAAGCGAGUGGGAGCGAGAGCAUUAACAACAGGUUAAGAGCGGGUGGCAUGGACCCAGAUAAAGCGGAGCAGGGCAGUAGCGAUAGUAGGUUAGAAAGAGAGAAAAAAAUCUACCUGGAUGACAGGCUGAAUGGAAGCGGGACGGAGGCUGAGGGGGAGCGAGGCAGUGAUAGUGGGUCAGGUGGUGAAGGAGAAGAGGGGGAGGGAGACGAGGAGCAGGUAGUAGAAGGGAGCGGCGGUGACACAUUGAGCACCCAGUACCAGAAGCCGAGCUGCUGUGUACUGCCCGCCGCCAAUACCAACAACCCGGAUGACUCCGUGGAAGAGGAGCCGGUAGGGGAGACUGUCGCUAGGGAGGGUGACGGCUGGGGCAGUAAGGGAGUUGCUAGGAAGGAUGAGGAGCCGCAGCUUCAGGAAAAAGACGAGCCGGUGUUCAUUGAUGGCCAGUCUGAGGCAGAGGGGAAAAAUGAGAUGGAGAUAGAAAGUGACGGUGGCGGUGACGGAAACAAGGACAAGGAAUUGCCGCCCGUUCCCAGCAAGAGUGACGAUAAUUACUCCAAACAUCAAUCCCAGAAACUCUGUGAGGAGCGAGACGUGAAGGCGACAACGGGAAGCACCGCAGUGCAGGUUCCUCCCCCGAGACGGAGAAGAAAUCCGUCCAUCUCGCGUAGUUUGCACCAGGAAGAUGCUGCGACUGAUGCCAGCCAAGACCAGCCCCAGACGGCGCCCAUCGCUCCUGUGAGAAAAAAGAGACAGUUCAGUUCACUCCCUCGCCCUCCCAAAACUAAGACGAUUCGAGACGUGUCCCCGAGCCUCAGCACGUCCGCCUUGGCGCUGGUGUCCCCCCAACGGGACCAGACGUGCACCACUUCUCUGAGGGCGUUUUCCAAUCAAAGUACUCCAGAGUCGUCCCCUCACACUGAGCACAAUGGAGUGGGGAAGCCAACACUGAGGGCGACAGGUGAGGUGGAGACAAACUCUGAUCCCUCCCGAAGACUGUCUGAAGGCUCAACGCAAUCGGAGAAGAAAAGAAGGAGUCUGAAGAGAACUUUAAAGAGAACAGGGUCGCUAAAGGAUAGAUUUUACACCAGAAUCCAACAGAAGUUAGAGAAAAGUUCUCGCCGACAGACAGAAAGUGGCUCCAAAAUUAAGUACUUUUCAAGGAUAUUCCAUCGCAAACAAAAGCUGUAUGAUAUGAGCGACCCGUCCCACUACCCCUCGGAAAUUCCCAUCCCCGCCCCGCCCCCGGAGCAUCUGUCUUCUGAGGACAUGAAAACCUUCACCGUUUUGUUAUCGUCACAUUUCGCACCAGGCGCUCAAAACCAAAGUAAAUCCAAUGAAGAGACAAGGAGCAAAUACACCACUCUGGAGCACAGUGCAGUGGCUUCUUGCAAGGAGCAGGAGCACAGAACCCUCGCUAAUGGAACACCUCGCCGGGAAGAACACCUCCCAGCCACCACAGACAACUCAGAGACGACAGCGUUGUUGCAGGAAAGCCUCGUCUCUAGUAGCGACUCACUAAAGUCACUUGAGAAAGGAUUGAACAAUGACGCUUUUGUGAACGAUGAAAGUGAAUUUAGCAUUCAGGAUUCUCCGCGAGGUGGCGACUCAGGCGACGAACCGAAAUGUGAGCGUGUGAAUGACUCUAAGGAAUCCUGCCCAAGUCCUGAGGUCAAGGCAGAGGCCCAGCAAGACUCCGAGGAAAGUUGUUCCCAAUCUGCAGGAGGCAACUCAAAGGAGCUGGAAUCACAGAAGGACGCAGAAGAGGAAGCACAUGAACCAGCCACGGAAAUAGAAAACGAAGAGGCAGCAACUCUGGAGGACAGACAGACGAGUGAAGCGAUAGAGGACCGCCUUGGUGCUGCUGAGGAACACCUUGACCUGGAAGACGUAGAACAACACCACCAAGACGUAGAACAACACCACCAAGACGUAGAACAACACCACCAAGACGUAGAACAACACUACCAAGACGUGGAAGAACACCACCAAGACGUGGAACAACACCAACAAGACGUAGAACAACACCACCAAGACGUGAAACAGCACCACCAAGACGUGGAACAACACCACCAAGACGUGGAACAACACCACCAAGACGUGGAACAACACCAACAAGACGUAGAACAACACCACCAAGACGUGAAACAGCACCACCAAGACGUGGAACAACACCACCAAGACGUGGAACAGCACCACCAAGACGUGGAACAACACCACCAAGACGUGGAACAGCACCACCAAGACGUGGAACAACACCACCAAGACGUGGAACAACACCAACAAGACGUAGAACAACACCACCAAGACGUGGAACAGCACCACCAAGACGUGGAAGAACACCACCAAGACGUGGAACAACACCAAAACGUGGAACAGCACCACCAAGACGUGGAACAACACCACCAAGACGUGGAGCAACACCACCAAGACGUAGAACAACACCACCAAGACGUAGAACAACACCACCAAGACGUGGAACCUCACCAUCAGGACUUUGAAGUUUACCAUCAAGACUUUAAACUUCACCAAGACGCAGAACUGCACCAAGAUUUGGAAUCUCGUCACGAAGAUUCAGAAACUCGCCAAGAGUUGGAACUUCAUCUAGACUGGAAACCUCAAUAUGAAAACUCAGAACCUCACCAAGACUUGAAUCCUCAACAAGAUUCUCCUCAUUGCCCAGACUCAGAACCUCACCAUCAAGACUCAGAACAUCACCAUCAAGACUCAGAACUUCACCACAAAGACUCAGAACUCCACCAAGACUCCCCUCACCACGAAGACUCAGAACUUAACUACCAAAACUGGAAACUUCACCAAGACUGGAAGCCUAAGCCGUGCCACCCCUACCACCCCCAGGACUCAGACCACUGCCUCACCCCUGGGGAACACACUCGUAACAGAAUUUACCGCAUUCCGACUGCACGACCCUCUGUUCCUCCUCCUCCCCCUCCUCCCGCAGACGAGGAGAGCUAUGGGCAGGAGAAAAGGAAGCAGGUGGCACACACAUGGGAGCGCCCCACCGUCAGCCUCCGCACAUGGGCAGAGCGGCAGGGCAUCGAGACCCUGACGCUGCCGCCGCUGCAUCUUCGGGAACAUCGCUACCCGGACUUGGACAAGCUGGACUAUUACUAUGAUAGUGAUAGCUCCGAAGAUAGAGACACCCCUUCUCCCGGUCCCCCCGUGGAUGCGGAGAAGGAGGGGAGGCAGGGACUCCUCCACAAACAGAAGCGUGAGGAGGACAGGACGCAGAAGGACCGUUGUGUGGAGGUGUACCCGGAGACUGUGAGGCAGAGGCAGCGGAACAUGAUGGCCGCUAACAACAAGGUCGACAUCAAGAACUGGAACUCCAGCAACAACAACAAUAACAAUGACACCCUGACUAGUCCUUCCAAGUCCAAAAAGUUCCUGCCCUCGGUCAAAGCACUCAGGAGUCAGUUUGAGGCCGGGAAGACGUCCAUCGGCAAAUCAGAAACCAACGGCAGCGUCACCACCAACGGAAGUAAUGGACAGACACUCAGCCGGAAGUCCUCAUCAUCCUCAGUGGCCAGCAUUUCCCAGGACGUGGCCAGCACGGCCACCAUCACCAGCCUCCACUCGCCCAACGCCUCCGUGGAGAACCUCGGGUCGCCUGCUAUUCCAGAGGAUGGCCCGGGGAGCAGUGAGCCAGUGGAGCCAAUCUUCAAUCAGUUCCGGAAGGUGGAUCAGGAGUUGCGGGAAUUGAUGAGCAAGCCUCACUCCACUUCAGGCUGGGACCCGAGACCCCUGCUGAAGCGCCUGUAUUACAUCCCCGAGGCACCCAAGAUACAGAGUCAAGGCACCACCUAUGUUAACAUUGAAGGCUACCUGGAGAAGCUUCCAUCAGGCCGCAAGAAAGCCACCUUCUGGAAUGCAUGGAAGAGACGGUAUUUCAUGGCAAAGAACGGGAUCCUCUAUUACUAUCAGAGUGCACAGACAGACAAGCCCAGCAUGAAGAUGACCCUGAUGGGAGGCAAAGUGGAGUGCAUGGAGCCAAACAUGGUUGGUGUGGAUGACGGGGGACGUGACAAUAAAGCCUCCAACAUGCUCGGCAUUGAUGACGGGAAGGGUCACUACGUAGUGGUGCGCUGCAGCUCUCGGCAAGAGGCUGAGCGGUGGCGACGAGCACUGGAGACACACACAGUGGAGGACUUUACAAGCCAGUAUGUGCAGCCCUGGCCCAUGCCCACUAACCCUACUUUGCUAAGGGACACCAUCAUUGUGGACAUUGGCUCAGCCUCGAUCAGGGCAGGGGUUUUAGCUUCACAAGCCACCCUGCCACAAGUCUUCAUACCGUCAGUGGUGGCCAGUGGACGGGAGGGCCGAGGACAGGUCUGGGGCAUGGAUGCUCUUGCGCCUGAUGUGCGUGCUUCCUCCUCGCUAACCUUCCCCAUCAGGCCAACGCACAAAAUAUCAAAGUAUUCUGUGGACCUGAGUGCUGUCUCAAGUCUCCUGCAGAAGGCCUUUGCAGAACUCAAGGUGGACCCCAAGAACUACCACAUCCAGUUAUCUGUGCCGCGAGUCCUCAACACCAACACUCAGGCUGAGCUCCUGCGCGUGCUUUUUGACAAGUUCGGCGUCAGGUCGAUCAAUCUCACCCAUCAGUCCAUCUUGGCCCUGUAUGCCUACAAUGCCACGUCUGGUAUUGUAGUGGAUGUUGGGGAAAGGAUGGACAUUGUGCCUGUUAUUGACGGCUACAUUGUGGACGGAGGUGUGUCUCGGGUACCCUAUGGGGGCUACCGCAUCCUGGACCACCUGCGUCAGUUCCUGUACAUGAGGAACAUCUCCUGCAUCAAUGAAGUGGAGAGCUACAUCAUCAGACAGGUGCUGGAAAACAUCUGCUACUGUGCCCACCACUACAACACUGAGAAGGCUCGUUGCACCAAAAAUCCUGAAAACUUUGAAAAGAGUGUAUCCUUAGCUGAGUACUGCACCAAAGACUGGCCCUAUGAGUCCAUUUCCCUAGACUUUGGUCGCUUCCAAGCCACAGAAGGUCUCUUCAACCCUGAUGCCUGGGGUCUGGAUCACCCUGGCCUCCACAAGCUGGUCCAUAAGGCCAUCAUGGAGUGCAGUAUGGACAUUCGCAAAGAGAUGAGCCGCAGCAUCUUCCUUGCUGGAGGCGUGACGCAGCUCCCUGGCCUGGUGGACCGUCUCACCACAGAGUUGGACAACUUGACCCCACCUGCCAUCAGACCCAAGGUUCACGCAUCGCCAUACCGCUAUCACGCUGCAUAUAUUGGUGCUUGCGUGUUGGCCGAGUCACCUGCCUUCACCCAGUCCAGGAUCAGCCAAGAAGACUGGAACAAGCACGGCAACUCAACGCUUCGCAAGUGGUCACUUUGAGCAUUCUUCAGUAUUUUGCAAAACCUCAAAUGCACGGCCAAGUCCAAAGUCUUGGAUCUAGUACACUGAAAGAGAAUCACAAUUUUAACCUUAUGCAAGCAAAUCUGUAUAGUGUCCUAAAUAGCAUUUGCACUUGCAAUCGUGUAUUUUUCUAUAACUUGCUAAAGUAAAUAAAAUCGAACAUAUACAUAUGUGCCUUUUACUUGAAUAAGCAUUACAUAUUGCGUGAUACACGAUGAAUAAUAUGAAUACUGUGUCACUGUGCUAUGCAAACAUUAUUGAUGACAAGCACUUCAGAACAGUAGUAACCAUGUAUGGCAUGCUGGAUCUUCACAAGUGGCACUAAAAAUGGUAUGUUGCUGCUGGUCGGUCACUAAUGGAAUGGCAUUCAAUGGCAGGAAAUAGAGCUAGUUUUCUAUAAAGUAGAACUGACUGUAAUAUGAAUAUAUAUAUAUAUUAAUCAACAUUUGAUAAAUACAUGGUAUAUUUCCUUUUACUCCUGUGUACAUGAUCUGAGCUGCUUGAAUUAGUUACUGAAGAUAUAUUAAACUUUAAUGCUUUUUUGUGCACAAAUUAUUCCACUCUAAACUGUACUGAUAAAUACUAGAGUGUUAAUGGCCCUAUUAACUACUCCCACUGAGCAUGUCACAGAACAAUGUCCCUCCGUUGCAGAGAUGUAUAAUUUGUACAUAUGUGUCCUAAGGUGAAAAGGUUAACUUAUUCAUGUAUAAAUUGCAGUUGGACUUGUUUACUUACAAUAAAAAAUUUGUAAAUUCCAA